AGAAACUCAUGCAAAGUACAUUUGCGCUGCGUCGCAAACAGAUCGUUGUAGAUAACCCAUCACAACCAGUGAAGGACUUUUUGGAAAAGUGGCCUGCACUUCGUUUGGAAUCUCAGAUUGCUGCAGAAUUCCACAGAAUUACUAAUAUCAGCUUGAAAAACAAGUUCUAUGCAGAACUGGACAACCAUACUCCUCGACUGAUUGCUGUUUACAGGCAGAAGGCUGCCCGUACUGGCAAAGCAGCAGAAGCAAUGAGAAGCAUCUUUAGUGCCUUUGAUCUUGUGGAUCACUACGAUAUUGACAAUAGACGUACAGCUGCACUUCGAGCCCUCCCUGUCUACUUGCGCGAAGAUGACUCUGUGUUUUUCAAGAUGUGGAAUACUGAAGAGGUGGAUGAGCCAGACAUUGCAGAUUCAGCUGUAGCUCUUGUCAGCAUGGUGAAUGGAGACUUGACUUCCACUGUUCAGUUUGACCCUGCUCGGAUUGCUAUUGUGCUGGAAGGUGACAUUGUUCUAAGGGACAUUUCCAGGUUGGCUGAUGCUUUUCUUUUGAUGUUUGGUUUGAUAUAUGCAUUACAUCUCAACUACCCCAAAGAGCUGACACACACAUUUAACUUCAUCCAAAAAGUCUUACUGGGCUUGGAUGACUCAAAGCCACUAACACCCAGAUUGCUGAGUCUAAAAAAAUGAGCUACUAAUUAAGGAGUAUGAGGAAUGGAUGUACGAGCUCUGUACAAUUUAUUUUCUGUUCUUUUCAGUUGUUGUGAGUGACUACUGUAGUUGCCCUAUUAAACACUGAGCUCAAGAUUUAUAAUUUCCCAGUGAAGUGGAGAAUUUCAUUUUCAUUUUAGUAUUCAUUGGGAUUGCAUUACUGAAAGCCACUAGCACCCAGAUUACUGCCUAAAUUUUAUUUUUACUGAUUAAGAGAUUUUCUGCAUUUCUGGAUGCACAAGAGACUGUUUAUUGUAUUUUAUUUCACUUGUUGUGACUAAUAUUGUUAGUCUAUUGUAAUACUUCUCAAAUUUUGAACACAGAUUUUGUGUUAACUUAGUAUUUACUGGGAUUGCGUUACUGAAAGUUGGCCCAGAUUGCUGUUUAACAAUUUUUUUUUUUUACUUGUUAAAGAGUUUUUCCUGCAUCUCUGGAUGCACUAGUUUUCUACACCUUAUCUGUCCUUUUCAUUUGUUGUGACUAAUAUAGUGACAUUCUAAUGUAUACAGAGGUCUGUUAUAAUGCUGGCAUGAAGAGUGUAAAAACUUCUGAAAUGUUUUAAUGCAUUAUUAUACAUUUCUAAAAUGUCUAGUUGUGAAUUGUGACACUUUUGUUACAUUUUCAAAAGGUAAUGGCA